AAUCUUAGGAAAAACUUCUAUAUUCAGUUUACCUUUCCCCCCUAAAAAAGAAGCUUUCUAGUUUCUACUGCAAUUCUUUGUUUCUCCUCUUCCUCGCUCACUUUCCCUUUUCCCUCCAACGUCUCUUUCUCUCUCCUCGCAAUCACUUCAAAUCUACUUUCAUUCAAUCAAUCUUCACUUAAACCAUGCAUUGGGACUUAAUCUUAUGGCUAAUUGCACUAAUCUCCAACAUUGGUCUCCUCGUUCUCCUCAUUUAUCAGAUGAUAUGUUUGUCGGAUUUGGAAGCUGAUUAUAUGAAUCCCUACGAAUCGUCGACGAACAUAAAUUCUAUGAUUUUACCAGAAUUUGGAUUGCAAGCAGCUUUCUGUGCUCUUUUUCUUCUUACUGGUCAUUGGCUCAUGUUUUUGGUCACUCUUCCCGUUGCAAUUUAUCAUGCAAGAUUGUUUACUAGGGGAGAACAUCUUGUUGAUGUCACAGAGAUUUUCAGAGCACUUAGUCUUGAGAAGAAGUACCGUUUUGUCAAGCUAGUCCUAUACCUAUUAUUUUUCUUCUUGGUUAUCUUUAGGCUUGUGAUAGCAAUCUAUAACUCUUUAGUUGAUGAAGAUGAAGCAGUGCGUGGUUUUUGGCUGUUCUAGAUCCCCAAGGCUUAAGAUCUGUUAAUGAUCCUCCCUCUGUUAAUCUUGGGCAGUGAAAGUAUGAAUUUUGAGGCUACAUCAGGGUGGGGCAAUUUGCUGAGAAGCAGCUUGUCUGGAGCCUUUUCAAGUCAUUUGCGGAGAUGAUUGACAUUAUGUGCGGAAUCUAGCAUCUUAGAUGCUUCUCUUAUCUAGGAGGCCCCUUUUAGUUUGGGCAAUAGGGUUGUGCGAGAAGGGGAUGUCAUGUGGUUUCCCAGUACUGGUGUUUAUCGAUGUGACAUGUUUCCCUUAUUUUUUGUUGAAUCUCUAGAUAAAAACUCUAAAUAGUUAAUUUUUGGUUGAGAGGUAAGAUGAAUGUUGUGGAGACCUAACCAGAGCAUCAAGUUGGACGAGAAAGUAGGAAAGAUUCAUGGAAGUUGUAAGAUGUGGACCAAAAAGCACUGUUAUUAUCCAAAACCUUUUUAGGCUGAUGGUCGAAUCUAAGGAUAGAGGGAAGAGAGAGGGUAGGCAAUUUGGCAUGGGGGAACGGAUUUGAUGUUUUUUGCGCAACUCCCAUGUGAGGAUGCGUCCAGUUUCUCAUCAUUGGAUGAUUGAAUCCUCAUCUUCCCAUCCACAAAAAAAGGGUUGGUAUUGGACUUUUAUGGGCUUCAAUCUUGUUGUAUUAAUGUAUAUCACUAUACUGGUGUGCAAUAAUGAAAUCAUUUAUGGUGUGUCGACAAAA